AUGGAAAGCUAUGACCGCUCUACUGGCCGAGGCCCGAUACACCCGUCAAGCCGCACGUUUUCAUUUCUUUCCUGCGCAACGGGGGAAGGUGAUCGUAUUUUUCGCAAAUUGGCCCUAUGUUGUGAACCCAACCCGAUUUCCCACCCGCGGCGAUCACCCACGCCCGUCUCGUCUCGUCUCGUCUCGCUUCUAAACAAAACCGGGCUAGGUAUAGUAGAUAUCAGGAAGAAAACGAAGUUUCUGGUCGUCUCAGAGCGCGAUCGGCGCGUGUGGGAGUUGGUUUGGUUUUGGGUGCCCCCCCCUGGCGUGCGUAGGUAG